AUGGUGGUUACACUUGCAGCAGCUGGUGAUGUCUGGACAUGCUCUCAGCCCCAUAAUAGAGCUAGGUUGGUCAGAUUUCCCAGUAAGGAGAAAAAUUGUGCAGACAAUGAAAGAGGAAGAAGGAGUGAGGCUAGAUCUGGAGAGAUUGGAGUUACUGUGUCAAGCAGGACAGAUGGUUGUUCAAGAGAUAGGGAUAAAGGCAUGGAUGUUACCGAUGAUGAUACAUUUGGAGAGGCUAAGGUGGUGGAUUUGUUGUACACGGGAUUUGAAGACACGGAUUGGAGGGAAAGAUGGGAUGCAAGUUCUUCGCAGGGAAGUUGGUUGUUUUUGAACCUAUCCCUUGGUGAGGUAAGUGCAAAAGGAGGGGCAAUGGUUGAGAGAACUGAUUCUCGCUGA